AUGGGCGAGGCCAUGGAAAAGGGCAUGGUCCUUGUGCUGAGCCUCUGGGACGACCACGAGGCCAACAUGCUCUGGCUGGACUCCACGUACCCCGCCGGCUGCACCGGUCCGGGGUGUGCCCGUGGGCCCUGCCCGACGGAUUCGGGCAAGCCCGGCGACGUCGAGAACAACGCCCCCGACGCAGCGGUGACUUUCUCCAACAUCAGGUUCGGCGACAUUGGUACCACUGAUGGGCCUGAGCCGCCAGCACCCCCGGCCCCGCCAUCGCCGCCAGGUCCUCCCGCGCCCGCUCCGUCGGGCUCCGGCAAGUGCUGCUGGGGGGGGUGCUCGUCUGCAAGCUGCAAGACGGACUGGUGCGGCCAGAGCGAGGCUCGCUGCACGGGCGACUGCAGCGGGGAGUGGUGCCCAAGCGACGCGUCGGUCUUGGUCUGA